AUGAAGGCUUUCUCUAGCUCGGUCAUCAACAAGUCGGGGAAGAAGUUUGCCCCCAAAGCGCCCGUCCGACGCGCCGCGCCAGCUGCACCACCCAGGAGACCAAGUGCAGCCCAACAAACACCCGCUCCGACUCCCCAGCAAUCCCAGCCUGUUGCGACAGAUACUGCGACUGCUCCCACACCUGAGCCGCCUGUUUCCGCGCCUGAGCCGUCCGUCGCUACCAGUGUCCCAGCGGAACCGCCGGUCGCAGAACCAUCCGUUACCCAGAAGACGGCAGAUGCAAAGCCAACCCAAGCCGUGACGGCUAUUCCGAUCCCUGCGCCAAAGCGAAAACCGUCCGUUUCUACACCUAUUCCUAGACCUGCGACAAAACCUGCCGCUCCUCAACCUACCCCGCCCCCGCGCAAGGCACCCUCUAUUGAGCCCGUCCCUGUAUCUGCGCCUGCGCCUUCAAGACCUGAGCCCGAGGUCAGAGCCGAAGAGAGCGUACUCCCAGACGCUUCCCAGGAGACAGCUCGCGAUGAUACCUUAGUAUCACCCCCGCCGUCGCAGCCUCGACACCCUUCAGCCAGUGCGGCUGAGAUCCGUCCAACGAAACGUCAGAAAACCGUUGCUACUACGGAAUCAGUAGCGCCAUCCGUGGAAGCUCCAUCAGCCGAAGCGCAACCACUUACUCCUCCAGCUACACAGACCGAAACCGAAGAGACCGCCAACCCCGAAACCGAUUCGCAACCUGCCCCUGCCAGCAAAGCUCGGAAGAUAACGAAACCAAGGACUAGGAAACCAGUGCAGAAUAAGACGGAGGAUGGAACGACUUCUCAGCGAAAACGGCGACCGCGUGUGCGACAGCCGCGUGAACCGACCCCCGAAGGCGCAGAGAAUAUCGAGAUUGCGCCGACAGCCAUGAAGAUGUCAGAUCUCUGCAAGGAUCUACGGACAGGAAAGAUGUCAAAGAGAGAAGUGGAAUUACGGAAUAUGGAAACGGCAGAGCAAGAACGCAAAGAGAAGGCACAACACGGGGGCGAAGAUACCGAGUCGACACCUACUAAGCAGAAUGGGGAAGCAGCAUCUUCGGCACCAGAGCAAGACGGAAAUUCCGACGAUAAGCACGGAGGGCAAGCAGGACCGGUGAUGAGAAUCGUCAAUGGAGAAAUUGUGCUUGAUACAGCGUCUUUGCAAGUCGACCGUCACGCCGACGCGGCGCGAGACAUGGGAGAACUGGAGGAUGUGGUGGAAAACUCGCUCACACGCAAGGUCAACCAAGCCAGUUAUGGCAAGCGAUCCAAAACCGAAUCUUGGGACGAAGAGAUGACCGACCUCUUCUACAGAGGUCUGCGCAUGUUCGGCACUGAUUUCAUGAUGAUCAGUAAAAUGUUCCCCGGCCGAUCCCGACGCCAAAUAAAGCUCAAGUUCAACAACGAAGAGCGCAAAAACCCCGGCCUAAUCAAGGAUACGCUUCUUGGCCCGACCGAAUCCAUCGACAUCGCAACAUACUCUGAGAUGACAAACACGGUCUACGAUGAUCCCAAGCACAUCCAGCAGGAGCUGGACGAAGAGAAGAAACGCAUUGAAGACCAGCAUUCCAAAGAAAAGGUGGCGCAGGAAGAGUUGCUUCGCAAUCCGGACGGCGCCAAUGAGGGCAACGCUGCUGAUAAGAACAAUGGAACAGCAACCAAGAAGCGGAAUAGCAAAAAACAAGCUAAGAACGCGGCCGGCGGGACGGAAGAAGUUGUUGGUUCGAUUGAUGAUUUUCCUUGA